CCAUUUUGAGGCUCCAGUUUCCAGCUAAUACAGCAGCGAGUCGCAGCGGAGCGGAGGUACGGGGAAAAAAAGGAAAAAAAAGUAGUAUUUGUUUUUUUUUCUCCUUUCUUAAAGGUGCGGUCGUGCUGUUUUCAUUAGUUUUGGAGACCUAGAACGUUCUUCUCCUGCCGCUUAAAGACGAAAGAAAAAAGGAAAAAAAAACGGGUUAUCCGUUUUUUUUGUAUCAGAUUUGGAAGUAGUUCAGACUGACAGCUCGGCAUCACGAUGGCUACCCAGGCUGAUCUGAUGGAGCUGGACAUGGCGAUGGAGCAGGACCGGAAGGCUGCAGUGAGCCACUGGCAGCAGCAGUCCUACCUGGAUUCAGGUAUCCACUCUGGAGCCACCACCACGGCGCCAUCACUCUCUGGCAAGGGGAACCCUGAGGAUGAGGAGCUGGACAACCAGGUGCUGUAUGAGUGGGAGCAGGGAUUCAGCCAGCCCUUUACACCUGAACAGGUGGCAGACAUGGAUGGGCAGUACGCCAUGACUCGUGCCCAGCGUGUGCGUGCCGCCAUGUUCCCAGAGACCCUAGACGAGGGCAUGCAGAUCCCCACCACCCAGUUUGACUCCACAAACCCAACCAACGUGCAGCGGCUGGCCGAGCCGUCCCAGAUGCUCAAACACGCCGUGGUGAACCUCAUCAACUACCAGGAUGAUGCAGAACUUGCCACGAGGGCUAUUCCAGAGCUCACCAAGCUCCUCAAUGACGAAGACCAGGUGGUGGUGAACAAGGCAUCAGUCAUGGUGCAUCAGCUGUCGAAGAAGGAGGCGUCGAGGCACGCCAUCAUGCGCUCCCCUCAGAUGGUGUCAGCCAUCGUGAGGACGAUGCAGAACACGGGCGACAUGGAGACGGCUCGCUGCACUGCCGGCACGCUGCACAACCUCUCCCAUCACCGGGAGGGCCUUCUCGCCAUCUUCAAAUCCGGCGGCAUCCCUGCUCUCGUCAAGAUGCUUGGAUCUCCAGUGGACAGCGUGCUGUUCUACGCCAUCACCACCCUGCACAACCUCCUCUUGCACCAGGAAGGAGCUAAAAUGGCCGUCCGUCUGGCCGGUGGCCUCCAGAAGAUGGUCGCCCUGCUGAACAAGACCAACGUUAAAUUUCUGGCCAUCACCACAGACUGCCUACAGAUCCUGGCCUAUGGCAACCAGGAGAGCAAGUUGAUCAUCUUGGCAAGCGGUGGCCCUCAGGCUCUGGUAAACAUCAUGAGGACCUACACAUAUGAGAAGCUGCUGUGGACCACCAGCCGUGUGCUCAAAGUGCUGUCUGUCUGCUCCAGUAACAAACCUGCCAUCGUGGAGGCUGGAGGCAUGCAGGCUCUUGGGCUUCACCUGACCGACCCCAGUCAGAGACUGGUACAGAACUGCCUCUGGACCCUCAGAAACCUUUCAGACGCUGCCACCAAGCAGGAGGGUAUGGAAGGCCUGCUCGGCACCCUGGUCCAGCUGCUCGGCUCGGACGACAUCAACGUGGUGACGUGUGCCGCCGGCAUCCUGUCCAACCUGACCUGCAACAACUACAAAAACAAAAUGAUGGUGUGCCAGGUCGGCGGCAUCGAAUCGCUCGUGCGUACCGUGCUCCGAGCCGGAGACCGCGAGGACAUCACCGAGCCGGCCGUGUGCGCCCUCCGCCAUCUCACCUCCAGACACCAGGACGCUGAAAUGGCCCAGAAUGCCGUGCGCCUGCACUACGGUCUUCCUGUCGUGGUCAAACUGCUGCACCCACCCUCACACUGGCCUCUUAUUAAGGCCACGGUUGGUUUGAUCCGUAACCUGGCGCUAUGUCCAGCCAAUCACGCACCACUGCGCGAGCAGGGUGCCAUCCCCCGAUUAGUCCAGCUGCUCGUGAGGGCACACCAGGACACUCAGAGACGCACCUCCAUGGGAGGCACACAGCAACAGUUUGUGGAGGGAGUUCGAAUGGAGGAGAUUGUCGAGGGUUGCACUGGCGCGCUCCACAUCCUGGCCAGGGACGUGCACAACAGAAUCGUCAUCCGAGGACUCAACACCAUUCCUCUGUUUGUUCAGCUGCUGUAUUCUCCGAUCGAAAACAUCCAGCGUGUGGCGGCCGGCGUGCUGUGUGAACUGGCACAGGACAAGGAAGCGGCCGAGGCCAUCGAAGCAGAGGGAGCCACGGCGCCCCUCACCGAACUGCUGCACUCCAGGAACGAGGGAGUGGCGACGUACGCGGCAGCUGUGCUGUUCCGCAUGUCUGAGGACAAACCUCAGGACUACAAGAAGCGUCUGUCUGUGGAGCUGACCAGCUCUCUCUUCAGAACAGAGCCCAUGACCUGGAACGAGACUGGUGAUAUGGGUCUGGAUAUUGGAGCGCAAGGAGAGCCUGUUGGAUACAGACCAGACGACCCAAACUUCCGCUCCUUCCACUCGGGCUAUCCCCAGGAUGGUCUGGGUAUGGAUGGCAUGCUGGAACACGAGCUCGCUGGCCAUCACCCCGGAGCAGAGUACCCAGUGGAGGGACUUCCUGACCUCGGCCACAGUCACGACCUGAUGGACGGCCUUCCUCCCACAGACUCCAAUCAGCUGGCCUGGUUCGACACGGACCUCUAAGCACAUUCUCUCUCUCACACACACAAUCUGCAAGUAGAGAAGCUAUAUUGCGUGAAUGAAUCUGCAUUGUGAUUUUUGCCUAAGGAGUUACGGAAGGGUUGCGGCGAGUGGGCGAGCAUAUCGGAAAGUGCCUGACACAAUGCACACACACACACACCUGUUGGAAUUGAGAGGGAGUUUUCUACGAGGAACAAGAGGAAGGGAAGCCAACCCCCCUUUUUGUUGUCGUUCUUAUUCUGGACUUUAUUUUGUUUUCCACUUGGCCCUUAUGGAGGAAGGAAAGUCGAAGAGGGAUUUUGGGAGCGGUUGCUCUUUCAGAGUGGAGAAGGAAGGUCUAAAGAUGGAACUGUAAACCUUUUUUUGCUUUGUUUUUAUUUCCUUUUCCUUUUUUUUUUUUUUUAAAUAAAGAUGAUCAGUCUAUGGUACUGACCUAGCUUGUUUUUGACCUAGUAUGUAUUCAUGAUUUUUUUUUUUUUUUUUUUUUCACUUAUGUUUCAGCAGUAAUUUGUAUUUCCUUUUUAUGUCUUCUGUAGUGUUGAGUUGUAGUGGACUUGCCUUAUUUUGGUUUCUCAAUCUUUCUCGCGUAAACGGUGUCGAACACUAAUAAUCGGUUUCUAUGUAAUCUGACUGAAAGUGUAAUGAUGUGUAGCUUAUUUUUUUCUUUUUUUUUUUUUAUACGAUCAGCUGUUAAACCUUGGAGUAUUGGGGUGGGAGAAAUAUAUGCAUUCUUAUUAAAAAAUAAAAGUAUGCCCAGAGAGGUGAGUUUCAGUAUCACACUUGUUCCAAAUAAGGUGUGGGGUGAAAUGUCGAGGGGGGGGGGUAAAAGACAAAGAUCUUUUUCUUUUCUAUGCUAUCUCGAGGUAGUCUCUAUUGAAGCGACGUCGUUGUUUUUUGUUUGCCUGUGCGGCUUCUUUUGGGAACAUGGAUAAUGACAUAGCUAAACAAUAAAAGACUUUUAUUCCA